UUUUAUUCAACACCAUAUAGAAUAAGAUCCCUUUUGCAUGCAGUUAUAAUAUUUUAGUUUAUAUGGCAACGUCUUUAUCAAAAUAAAAUAAGAUAUAUAUUUUUAUGUGGCUACGCUGCUCAAAAUAACAACAAGCGGUGAAGUAUGUGAGGAGCAAAAUGGUGAAAGCGAGAUCCUAGGUAAACGUGUGAGCUAGGGCGCUUGGCUAAAACGUUCUAAUGUAAAUAAAUGCCAAAUAUCUUAAAAAAUUUCAACUUUUUGAAAACGAAUCAGAUAAAAAAGUAAUAAAUGGCGCUUGACUGAAACGUUCCAAUUUAAAUAAAUACCAAAUGUGAAAAAUUUCAACUUCUUGAAAGACGAAUCAGAUAAUAAAAUAAUAAAUGGCGCUUGGUUAAAACACUCUAAUUUAAAUAAAUAAAAAAUAUUGUAAAAAAUUUCAACUUUUUGAGAGACGAAUCAGAUAAAAAAAUAAUAAAUGGGUUCUUCAAAGAAGCAUAAGAAACACAAAUCGGAAAAGCGGGAAAAAUAUGAAGAGUACAGUAAUAAUAUGGAUCCAGCGCAGUUGCAGCGUGGUCUGAAACUCAUACUUAAAGUUGGUUCAAAUUCAACCCCUGAAUACAAUGCUGACUCUCCGCUUGCAUCCGCAACGGGUCUGCUAGGUAGUACGACAGAUGUGAUACCAGUUUCGGAUAGUCCUUCCACAGCACAUACGCAACAGCUACAUACCGAACGACAUAAAAAAUCCAAAAAGAAAAAAAAAAAAAAAGAUCGUGAAAAAAAACAUAAGCAUCACAAAGAGAAACGACAUCGCCAUGAAAGUAGCCAUUAUAGCGACAGGCAUCGCGAUGCUUCAUCUUCAGAACGUUUAAACGAAUUUGAUGAGCCAAUAAUAGUUGAAAAAUCACCGAUAACUAUUGAAGAACCUCGAAAUAUUAAAAGUGUACCACCAGAAGCAUUGCCAGGUUGCGAAGUUGACUCAUCACAAGAUGGUUUUAGUUUUAUAGAUGAUGAAAAUUCUCGACCCCUUCCUGAAAAUAUACUGUUUUAUGCUGGAAUGACGACAGAUAACUCACCUUCUUGUCGUCCCGUUUCAAAACCAAUAGUACCACGUAAAGUUGAUGAUGCUAUAUUGACGUCGCCAGCAUCUUCAAUACAAUCGUCUACACUAGGUGCUGGUAAUGGUAGUCCUACAAAACCUCUACCUGAAUUAUUGAUACCAUCGCCUUCAGCGUCUACUACCGCUUCUACGCCCAUAGGUGGUAGUUCGGUUUCAGGACUCACACCUAAGCCAUUGGAAGCACCCAAAACUCCAAGUUCAUCUAGCGAGUCUGGACGAGAGCCACGUACCUGUGUUCUUAAGCUGAAGCAGCAAAAGUCUCCAUUAAAUAAGUUACUUGAACAUUUGUUACGGUUUUUGGAAAAACGAGAUCCCCAUCAAUUUUUUGCUUGGCCCGUUACUGAUGACAUUGCACCAGGUUAUUCGUCCAUAAUAUCUAAACCUAUGGAUUUUUCAACAAUGCGUCAAAAAAUUGAUGAUAAUGAAUACGCAACACUUACAGAAUUUACUGAAGACUUUAAGCUGAUGUGUGAAAAUGCAAUUUUUUACAAUCAUGUUGACACAGUUUAUAAUAAAGCAGCCAAACGUUUGUUACAAGUAGGCAUAAAACAUCUAAUGCCUGAAAACCUGAUGAGAAGCCUUAAGCCGCUUUCAGGUUAUAUGCGAGAACUUACCUCAAAAGAAUUAGGUUUCGAAUUAAUGCACAGUGACUUUGGUGGUUACGAUCAUCAUGCACUCGACUCUGCUGAUGAAUGCGCAUCAACAAGUGCAGACGAACCUACUGCGGCGCAAUUGGAGGAAGAAGAAAAACGACGUGCUUUACGUAUACUAAAUGAACCGAAAUCUCGCUUUGAACCAUAUGUAGAUGAUCUAACAUCAGAAGAAAUUUUAGCCCAAGCUCAGAGUGCUUCACGUGCUGCAAAGAAACGUUUAAGUGCUAAGGAAAAAGCACAUCAAAUGGGUUUCUUGCGGCAAAAUAAAGAUGGUACAACUUCCUUAAGUUUUUUAAUUAAAAACGAUAACGAGGGUCCAGAAAAAAUUAUAACACUUGGAGAAAUUAUUGGUAAAUUAGAAGCAGGCUCCGGUCAAUUGCAUGGUUUGCGAGAAGAUAAUCGCAAUGAAGGCAAAUUGUUGAAACCGUUAAGUUAUGGACCAUUCGCAUCUUUUGCUCCAACUUUUGAUUCUAGGUUUUCCAAUUUAAACAAAGAUGAGUGCCAAUUAGUCAUGAACACUUAUGGUGAUGCUACUAGUACCGAAUAUGCUGAAAGCAUUCUACAAUUUACCAAAGACUCGGAUUACUCUUCAAUGUUGGCGAAUAGUCUAUUAGAUGUGCUAACAAAUGGUGAACACUCCAAAGCCAUGGCAGAUCUUUAUGAUUUACAAGUACAGAACUACGAAAUAAAUGAAGCGCUCAAAUGUUUCUCUGUCUUCAAUGGCAAACAGGUAGUAACUGAAACACGUGAACAAAUUGAAGAGGAGUACGAAAGGUAUAAAAAUACGCGUAUAGACUUCAAUCGAUUACGUACACUUAAUGAACUUGGCAUCGAGGUUGAUUUUCUGGACACAGUUGAAGCAGAAAUGAAGAAUUUCGAGUUAACACGGCGUUUGCAAGAGCAUUUAAGCAAUAAUUUAAGUUUAAUUGAAAGAUUGCGUGCCGCACAGAAUGAACGCCUUUCACAACCAUUGCCACCACAUUUAUCGCAAGUACAACCGGUUGGACAAGAGGAGACACAUAUAGCACAUCAAAUCACACAACAAUUAACUGAUGUUGUCAAAAAGUUACCGCCCUCAGCCAUAGCUGAUGUUUACAGUUUACGAAAGGGCAUGGGUAUGUCGUUCGGGGGUCUACCACCGCCACCACAACCACCAACUCGAGUCCCCUUGCCAGAGAUAUUACAGCAGCCUGUUACAAUGCCACAAAUAAAUAUGACAGUUAAUCAAAUACAUCCGCCAAGUUUAGGUAUAAUGGAUGACACAAAUGUUAAUAGUUCGUCUAUUUCUAUGGACAUUGAUGAAGAUGUAGUUGGUUCCAAUAGUGGGGUAGACUUAGAAAAUGAAUUACGAGAAUUUUUGGAAAGCGGCACAGUCAACAGUACAGAUGACAUUUAACAUUUCAAUUUGGAGACAAAACUUUAACUAAUGAAAAACUAAAUUAUAAAACUAUUCACAUAUUUCACAUAUUUGUGUUUUAUGUUGUAAAUAUUACUUAUGGCCAUAUGCAUAGUAAUAUUAUAUUUAAAUUUUGAUUGCUAUAACUCUUAUCAAUUACAAAAUUUUAUAAUUAAUGACAAGAAAUCCAUCUUCAAAUAGAAAAGUGAUAACGGUGUUUCGGAUACAGCAAAAUAUCCAUUAUCAGUGAUCACUUAUUGACUUAGGUUUACGCAUAUAAUUUGAAUUCAGGAAUUAAACUCAUUCAUAUUUAAAAUGGUAAGUUGCUCACGGUUUGAAAUUAAAUAUAAAAAAAUUUCAUUAAAAAUUAAAUUUUUUGGACUUAAAAAUUUACUUACAAUUUCUAAUAGUUUAAUUUUAAAGAAACAUGUUCUAAAAUUAUAAAUUAGUCUUAAUUUUGCAUAAUAAU